AUGGGGGAGAGGAAGAAAGAUAGAGGUGGGAAGAAAACAACAUCGGAAUGGCCACUGAUCAAACCAAAGACUAAUCUCCAAAUAUCUCGCCUCAAAGACACCGAUCUUUUUACUGUGCAGAGUUUCUUUACAUCUGCUGAAUCUAAGGCAUUCAUUAAAGUUGCAGAAUCGAUUGGCUUUGUCCACCAAGGGAGUCUUGGCCCCACCAAAGGCGAAGCUUAUAGAGACAAUGAUCGAAUUUCUGUAAAUGAUCCUGUUCUUGCAUAUACAAUAUGGGUAUCUGGGCUUCACAAAAUUUUUUCUGAAAUUAAGAUUCGAGGCAAGGUUGCUGUUGGGUUGAAUCCAAAUAUAAGAUUUUACAGUGAUUUAUCUUUAGGUAUAAGGUUGGUCAGCGCUUUGGAUCUCAUAUUGAUGAGAGCACUGAUCUUGGAGAGGGGAAGCGCACACAUUAUACUUUGUUGAUAUAUCUGAGUGGUGUUGUCAAACCCAAAUCUAAAAAUGAUCUGAGCAGCUCUCAGGAUUCUUCACACUGAUCCUUUGGUUGGAGGAGAGACUGUCUUCUACGGUCCAAGAAAUGGUCUCGUGGCUGAGGUACCUCCUGCAGAAGGGAUGGCUCUUCUUCACAUUCAUGGGGAUAAAUGUAUGCUGCAUGAAGCCCGCAAUGUUAUUAAAGGUGUCAAGUAUGUCUUACGGUCAGAUGUAGCUUUUGCUUGAGGAGUAUGAGUCAUUGUCUAACGUCCAAGCAAGCUUGGUUAGUUAUUUAUUUGUAUAUCUCAGUAUUUUGUUGUGUUGUUCAUCGUCUAUGGUUCAUUAUUUUCAUCCUUUUCAAAGGUGCUUUAUUUUCAUUGAUCAGCACAACUAUGUUACGAAAGGUAACGGCUUUCAAAAGAACUUGCAGACUUUGUCGCCAUUAUGUCCAUGGUUGAUUGCAUCUCCCCAACUGAAUCACUCGCAGUAAAGUUGCUGAAACUUUUGGCACAGAUGCAUGUAUGAAUCUUCAAUCCCAUGUAAUUACUUGGAGAUGGGAAGAUGAACAAAUUUUAGUUUCAGGCGUUAUACAACUG